AUGUGGCACACUUACAAAACUUCAACAAAAGUAGUCGCAGCCAAAUUCUCGAAUGUGACUCGCAUUGCACAAGGGAAAAACCAGCUUUACCUUUUUGAGUUUACAUCUCAAGUACGACGAAAGUGUGCACGGCAAUUUUUACCACAGAUAAUGAAAAAGUAA